AUGGCGCGAACUCCGAAAACCCUCCAGCUGCUUUUGGAUACUGCUGCUGAUUCUGCCUCGGUGCUAGGAUUCGAAUUCCGACCAGACAAGUGUGCCACCCUCUUCCUCACGUCUGACGGUAGACGACGCCUCUGGACCGAUCGCCACGACUUCCAUCUCCACGGUGAUCACCUACCGGCUCUCGAAAACGAACAGUCGUAUCGUUAUCUGGGGGUGCCGAUAGGUGUGAUCCACAACAUCGACGACAUUCCAUCCAUAAUCCCACGACUCAUCCACGACCUCCACGCCAUCAACAACUCACUCCUAGCACCUUGGCAGAAGCUGGAUGCUAUUCGGACGUUUGUGCAGCCAUGCCUCACGUAUGCACUCCGGGCGGGUGAUCCUCUGAAAAAAUCAUUGAGUGAAUACCGUUCGCUGCUCGUCCGGGUGCUGCGUGAGAUUUGCAAUCUGCCAACUCGUGCGCAAAGUUAUUUCUUCGCUGCAAAGAAGGGCGGUUUGGGCCUACAAGACCCGGACGUGGAAUGCGACCACCAAGCCAUUGUUCAGGCCGUCCGCAUUCUGGCCUCCAACGACGCCAAUGUCGCCACCAUCGCACGGGAAGACCUACGCUCAUUCGUCCGCCAAACCACGCAAUCUAACCCCACCGCAGACCUCAUCACAAAGUACCUCUCCGCUCACGACGACCCCCGCCUCAGAACACUUCAUUACUCAUCACAUUCUUCCCUCUGGUCCCGCGUUCGUAAAGCAUGCCGCCGUCAACACGUCACCAUCCACUUCACCGACAAUGAUCCACCCACCAUUUCUGCAGAUGAAUCUGACAAAGUCAACUCGAAGCAGAUCUCCCUAUUCCUCCACCGCCUAUCGCAACAACGCCACGCCGACACCCUCACAUCACUCCCGGACCAGGGGAAAGUUGCCCGCUGCCUUGUGGACGACGUCUAUGGUAAUGGCUCGAGCUGGCACAUGAAUGGCCUCAAUAUCCGAUUUAAAGACUGGAGGUUCAUUCAUCGUGCCAGACUCAACGUCCUGCCCCUCAACGCCCACAAGAGCAGAUUCUCACACGCUCUACCCACAUGCCGCCACUGCCUCCAACCCGAGACACUCCCUCACGUCAUCUGCCACUGCCGCCCGUCGAUGGUACAAAUUCGGGACCGCCACAAUCUCCUUGUCGCUCGCCUUCUCAACGCCACAAGAUUUGGAGAAAUCACCACGGACCGUGCCGUACAGGGUUCGGGACUCAGACUUCGCCCGGACAUCAUCAUCGAAGAGGACAACGAAGUCCUUAUCAUCGACGUCGCCUGUCCGUUCGACAACGAUGAAAAUGCGCUAGCCGAGGCUGCUCAACAGAAAAUUACAAAAUAUGAGCCCCUCAAGCGCCACUUCAUCGAAUCGGGCAGGCAAUGCCAAGUGGUCCCUUUCGUUGUUGGUGCCCUCGGCUCCUGUGGAACAUUUGGAUUGGAUCUUCUGUAUCUCUUGGUUUGGACUGUUAUUGGACACGAUUUUUGGACGACCCUUGGACCUCAAGACGAAGACGAACCUUCGCCGUUUGCUGUUGUUUCGGGAACGCUGUUGCUCUACACGUCAAUCCGUCUCAAUCCUUGGCUACGUUACGUCGCUUUGCUCUUUUAA